AGGCCCGGAUUUCACCCUCGGUCACCAAGCGGCGCGGGCCCACCUCCUCUGGCCCGACAGACGCGACCUGUCGCCAGAGCACCUGAGAGAGAGAGAGAGAGCGAGUUCUACGAGGUAUCCUAGCAACCACCAAGAUGGGGGUGUGACCGGAGGGAGUGUGGGGGGUGGGUGGGUGGGGAAACGGCCUCUGUGAGCUCAUUUCCCAGGGCCUCCGCCCCGGAGGAGGGCUUGGCCUGCCUGGCGCGAUCGUCUCGGGGAAGAUCUCUCAGACGGAAACAGGAGGGGGGGACUAUGGAGCAGGGGCUCUCUGCUCUUUCCUUAUACUGCGCCCCUGUCGCCGCCGCCGCCGCCGCUGCUUACGCCAUGGAUCAGGAACAGCUUAAUACAAAUGGAGACAGAGGUUUUGAGAAUGUGGAACUUGGUGUCAUGGGAAAAAAGAAGAAAAUUCCAAGAAGAGUUAUCCAUUUUGCAAGUGGUGAAACCAUGGAAGAAUAUAGUACAGACGAAGAUGACGAGCAGCAAGAGAAAAAAGACCUAUUGCCUUCUGUUGAUCCAAUGCUAAGAGUAGCCACAUCAACACUCUCAGUGUGUGACUUCCUUGGUGAAAAGAUAGCCUCUGUUUUGGGCAUCAGUACACCAAAAUACCAAUAUGCCAUAGAUGAAUACUACAGAAUGAAAAAAGAGGAGGAAGAAGAGGAGGAAGAAAACAAAUUGUCAGAGCAAGCAGAAAGGAGGUUUCAAGAACAACAGAAGCAGAGCCAAGAAGGAAUGGCUAUUCAGACAGCCCAGCCAAGGGAUACAGCCUGUAGUACAUUUAUGAAUCUCAACUUUGAAAGUGAAGCAGAGGAUCAGUCUGUUGUAGAAAGUAAACGAGAUUUUGCUGUAGUGUCUGCUUAGAAUGACGUAUAGUAACAUUUCUUGAAUUGUCAAACAUUUGUUGGUCCUUUUUUGCAUGUUUAAUGGCAUGUAAUUUAUUUUAAAAUAUGGCCAUGAGAGUUAUUAAUAUUAGUUUCUUCAGUCCAUCUCUGUCUAAUAAAGACCAAUAUAUUUAUUUCACCUAUUAUAAAAUGGAAAUAAAUGGGUUCUAUUUUGAUCUUUCUAUGCAGAAGUAAAAGGUCUUUCCUGAGCACCUGGUGCCUUCAUGAUAGUUAUGGACUGAUAACUAUGCUUCUUUUUGUUGAAAAGUCUUUUGUUUUGAUAAUGUUACUUACUGAAAGCUAGGUGAAAAUUUUAAACUAACUGGAAAAUAAAUACCUUUGUGAUUUAGUCUAAUUGCACAGCUGCACAUGUUUAUAUGAAUGUCCAGCAGUCAUCUAAUUCAUGUGGUUUUGUUAAUAUUUGCUAAAGUAAAUAAUGCUCUUAAAAUUUAUCUAAAAAUUGAUAAAGGAUAAGGUCUGACAAAGAAAGAUCUAGAGUAUCAGUUGGUUGAUAUUAAAUCUCAGGCUUUAGAAAAUCUGAUAGAAAAGAAUUCCACUAUUCCAAAGAGUUGAUGCUUAGUCUAUAUCAAUAUUAGAUGAAUUAUUGUUGAAUGUAAACACUGAGCAAAAUUUUAAAUGAAUGUGCUGUUUGUGAAGUAUGAUGAAUUAUUAGUACUAUAUGUUCAUAGUUUCAUAUAUGUACCUAUCACUAUUUUGACCUUAAAAACUGAAGUCAAUCACAUGUAAAAUUUAAUGUCUCAGAAAUAUUUAUUUUUAACAGGAAGAACCACCUAUUAUGACAAUUGUGAAUUUUCAAACUAAAAACCUGUUCUUCAUCCUAAGAAACACUGAAAAUCUACUGUAAAUGGAAAUUUUCUGUAGGACAAUCCAUAAAACAUCUGCAACGUGAAAUUUAUAGAGAUCACAGCUGAAUGGAUUGUGUGCAUGUGGCAUAACGGGAUGUAUUCAGCAAAGUUGUUCUGCUCCCUAAGCACUUUUUGGAUGUAAUGACUUCAGUAGUUUACAUUGCCCCUUGAGUCUCUUCUUAAACAUAUACAUUUGUAUAAAUUUAACUGGAAAUUUAGAAAUUUAAAAGAAACUGCAAUACAUUAUAUAGUACUAACAGAAUACAUGAAAAUGGCAAAGAUAGAUAAUAUAUCCUUUUGCCUUCAUUGUCAUGUGAUCUGGAGAAAUCUCAUCUAGUAAAUUGCUUAUUUGGUAUUUUUUAAAACGUUUGGAGAGUUUUCUCUCAAUAUAUGCAUUCAUUUUGGAUUACAAAAUGAUACAGUUGUUGGCUAUAAAAUGUGUAACGUAAUUAUUCAAAUCACUGUACAGGAUAUAAAAAACUCUAAGGCAAUGUAGUUAAUAAACUGAUUACCUUGCUCU